CGUACUGCUAAAUGAAAAUAGUUAAGAUAAAAGGGGUUGCUUGUUUUGGAGCAAAGAAUGAAAGGCUGAGAAUGCUGCAGAACCAGGGUGAAACAUACAGAACAUCUAUUAGAAUGAGCAAGCAACCACCGGUUAGCUCUUUUGGGAAAAAUGAUAAUACGAAGCCACCACCAUUGUUACAGCUCAGAGUUUACAGAGAGAGCAGCAAAACCACACCAAGUUGGAGGAAUAGCAGCCACAUAUAGUUACAGGCUCGUCCUGAAUAACAACAAUAGUUACCUUGUUGGAAGAGUGAAUUGGUCUGCCACAACGACAGCAGCGAUCAAAGGUAGCAGCAGCCGGCGCCGGCUUAUAAGCAGCAUUACGACGAGCGUGGUCGCGUCCUGUGCAGUAGUUCUACUAGCUUCGCCGCCAGCUGUCGUUGCAGCCGAGCGGCGGAAGAGGCAAGACGGUGGGGAAGAGGAGGAGGAGACGCUGGGGAACGUGCCGCAGACGCUGGCAGGGGAAUGUGAAGCGGAAGAGGGGAAAGAUUGCAAGAAGGCAAUGAGGAUACAGAGACCCAAAUCCAGGAAAGCUGAGACUUGUACCGUCAAAUGCGUCAACACCUGCAUCCGCGGCGGGGAUGGAGAAGGCCCUCUCAAUAUCAGGAGACCUCUGGUGGUGUUCAAGCAAGGGUUUCGCAGCCGCCAUUACUGCCUGGUGGAGUGCUCUGAGAUCUGCAAUCUGAUUGGAGAUGGAGAUGAUGGACCCUGACCCACUCUCCCUUUUUCCAUCCAGUUUCCAAUGUAUCAGAGGGAUGGAUUGGGAUUGGGAUGAGAAGAAGCAUCCUGCCUUCCUACUAUUAUUCUGUUACUAUUCAAUUAUACAGUGCCUGAUUGGCUAUAUCGAAGAAUGCCUGCUCUAAAUUCACAAUUUAAAGAACGCAUGAACCUCUUGAUCACCUGGUGGUACAGUAUCCCUCAAAGCCUGGGCGAUGGCGAAGACUGGCUGCUAUUAUUGUAAGUGGCCAUACCCUUUUCAUCAUCCCGCCGGCCACUUUCUCUGGGAAGCUGUAGUAGUGUUUUUUAGAACCGUACCAUCCAGCCAAACUGAAUAUAGGAGAUCAAACUAAUGACAGUUCAUCAGAGUUAUGCUACUUCAUUUUGAACCGUCGACCUCAGUCGUUCCACCUGCAAAACAGUUUCACCAACUGGGCAUAUGUACACACAAGACUUAACCCUGCAUGGGACUCUGGAAGGAGCUCCCAAGUAGAUGUUAAGGGAAUCACAUAGAGAUUUUGAAGUGGAUUCAGAAGAAGAGUAACAAGCAAUCACAAUACAACACACAGCAGCAGCAGCAGCAGGAGGCAGUAAAUCAGUAAAGCAGCAGAGAGAUUUUGCAGGAACAUCAAUACAGCAUUGGAUCUCAUGUUAUAACAAGUAUACAUGAGAGAGAAGGGAGGGCUCUAACUCAAACAAUGAACAUCAACAGUAAACACAAUGGCUACCAUUCUCUAUGGAAUCUAACAUGCAUUUACACAGACCAUUCACUCAUCAUUACCCUGGAUGCAUUUGGAUCUGAAAAGGGCGUCAGAAAGUUGAGCCAUUGAAUCCAAAGAAGGG